UCCCGCCGCAGAAGAAGAAGGAGCGCCGUGUCCUUCACAACAGCCAACAUGGCGACCGCGACCAAAAUCGUCCAGAGAAUCAGAAACUUUCUGGCAGGGCACAACUUGCAAGCCAAACUGCAGCUGAGAUAUGAGGAGAUAGCAAAGAGGACGCAGCCCCCCCCCGUGCUGCCCGUGGGCCCGAGCCACAAGUACGCCAGCAACUACUACUUCGGCCGAGACGGGCGCAGAGAGUCGGUCCCGGCCACGGUCGUCAUGUCUUCUCAGAAAGCUCUGACAGCCGGCAGGUGCUGCAGUCUCAUCUCUUCCAGUGACGCCCGGUCCUGUGUACAAGGAGCUGGAGCUGUCGACAGACCAGCCGUACCUCUGAGGAUCAACCCCAACCACCUCUGAGGAGCAACCCCGACCACCUCUGAGGAUCAACCCCGACCACCUCUGAGGAGCAGAUCAACCCCAACCACCUCUGAGGAUCAACCGCAACCACCUCUGAGGAUGAACCCCGACCACCUCUGAGGAUCAACCCCAACCACCUCUGAGGAUCAACCCCAACCACCUCUGAGGAGCCGAUCCCCCUAACAUCCACCUGCAUUUGUUGGCUGUACUAUAGAAAAUGUGAAUAAAAUGUGUUCUAUUUA